GAAUCUGCUGGCUCCUCCACACGCUGCCACUGAGCUCCAGUCAAGACUUCACAGGAGCUGGAGAGAGACACUGAGCUGACACAGAAAUGAGAGGACUAGUUGUCUUGGUUACUUUGGCCUGCUUUGCCAACGCUCAGCACCAAGCACUGAUUGACUAUUUGGAGCAGAGGCUGCUUGCUAUUGAGGACCGGAUCUCUCUGUGGCACGAACAGACCACCCGUUAUGCCUCGGAGCUGCGGGAGCUGAAGAAGCAGAUGGUUUCCCAGCUGGAGAACUUGGACAAAGAGAAAGAGGCGCUGAGAAUGAAUCUGGACGGUGUUGGCACCAGGGUGGACCGGGUGGAGCGGGAGCUGGACUACCUGGAGACGCAGAACGGGGCUCAGCCGUGUGUGGAUGUGGACGACAAGUUGAUAGAGCAGCAGGUGACUCUGGUGCAGGAGAAGCAGAAGGCCAAAUAUUUUAAACUCUCAGGAUGCAGCGACAUGAUCUCCAGUAUAAAAGCCAUGAAGAUCUUAAAGCGAGUUGGAGGACCAAAGGGCAUGUGGAGUAAAGACAGCAGUAGGGGCUCUGGGAAGGUCUACAUCUUUAAUGGGACGGAUGGCGACACCAUCCACGAGUUUUCCUCUGCGCAAGACUUCACCCGCUCCCUGGGCCUGUCUCUGUCCAGGAGCCUGAAGCUGCCGUCAGCCUGGAGGGGAACAGGACACGCCAUCUACAACAACCACGCCUAUUAUGUAAAUCAGGUUGAGGAUCUAAUGGUGGUUAAAUAUGACAUGACGACCAACUCUGUGACGGACAGCGCUGUGUUUCCAGUCCAGGACCAUGUCCCUGUGUACGGCCUGACCCCCGAGACAGUGAUGGACCUGGCUGUGGAUGAGGAAGGCCUGUGGGCCAUUUACGCCACGCGGCAGAAUGAGCGGCACAUCUCUCUGGCUAAAAUGGACGCCAACUCCCUGGACAUCGAGCAGAUGUGGGACACAAACUGCCCGAGAGAGAACGCAGAGUCGGCGUUUGUCAUCUGUGGCACCCUCUAUGUGGUGUACAACACCAAGGAGGCCGGACGCUCACGUGUGCAGUGCGUGUUUGACGUCAAUGGCAUGGUGAGCAACGAAGAGGCGCCACUGGUUUACUUUCCCAAACGCUAUGGAGCUCACUCCAGCCUGAAGUACAACCCACAGGAGCAGCUGCUGUACGCCUGGGAUGACGGCUACCAGAUCCUGUACAAGCUUGUCAUGAAAAAGAAACUCGAAAUAUGAAUUGAUUAAUCGUCAAAAUCAUCCUCCCAAAACUCCCACUAACACAUCCACCACUGCAUACACUCCACACACUGCAAGGACCUGCAGGCGUUAUGCAAAGUUUAGUUCCUUGCAAAAUUAUUCAUAUAACUGGCGACCAUUUUAUAAUGUGUGUUGUAGAAUUUCAAAUUUUUUGAAUUAGUUCAUUUUAGGGCAGCCAUUAGUUUCCAUUUCAUAUACUAUUGAAUCAUACAUCAUAGAAAAAAGUAAUAUAAAAUAAUUUAAAAUAUGAUUUAAUGCUAAUGUUCACUAUGAUGCAACAACUAGACAAUGUUUCAAGUGUGUCAUUUCAUUUUCCUACUAUGAGGAAACUAGAAUGGCACUCAGUAGACUGCAUACCUCCAACAGUCAAAGAGCCAAAUUUCACAAACUCAUAGAUUUCAUAAAUGUGCCUUAUUUUCCAUCAAGACCCAUGAAUUCUUCCCUGGGAAAAUACUGUAUCUUGCAAUGCUAAAAAAACAUUUUCUAAAAUGUCUUCAUCUAGAAAUUUAAGGGGUUCUUUCCUGAGCCAUUCCGCAUUACUCUCCCAAGUUUCAAGGAAAUCCGUUCAGCUGGUUUUUUUGUAAUAUUGCUAACAAACCAACCAACACACAAAACGGACAGAGGUGAAAACAUGACCUCCUUGGUGGAGUUAAUACUCCAAUCUGAAACAUUCCAACAUGGUUUGUUAAAUAUAGCCUGCAAUGUUUGAAGUAAACGUGAAUGCAAAGUUACAGAAAUGCUAAAUUACUGUUGUGUUCUUAUAUGUUUGAAAAAAGUUUUUGAUUGUAUAGAAAUUUGUACUUUCACAGGUUCAGGUUUGAAUUUAAGACUCUGAGGGCAGAACACUGCAGGAUCUGAGACAAAGAAUAGUCUCACAGGUUUCAUGUAAGAUCCUGAAUCAAAGACUGAGACUGAAUGUGGGAACAGAGUGACUGUUCACAGAGUCUAACAGGCUGCUGAGCACUUUUCCAGAGUUUCAGAGGUUUAGGCUGAGUCAAGGGCUGGCAGGUGUCCAACCUGUAAGUGUGGUAAUGAGAGCUGGCUGAGCCUGGCAGGAAGGGAAGUUAGGUCAGAAAAAGAAAACACACACAGUGGUCAUUAUUCAGGCGGACAGGCAGGUAAAAGACCUACAAAAAGAUUUUAAAAACUAGAGCAUUCAGUAGUGUGCAUACCUCCACUAACAGGGCCCUUAAGUUGCUUUCAGACCUGAACUGAAGUCCAGACAUUUCCCUAAAAAUGUCCAGGGGUUGUAUGUGAGAACACAAAUGUCCAAGUCAGUGGUUGAACUUUACCUGCCAGCCCCCUGAUAAAAUGUCUAGAAAAAUGAGCAGCGUGCGAUUUCUAACACAUUUCUAACAUGUGAAAAAAAACAAUACAAAUGUCUCGGGAUGAAAAUGAGGUGCCACAGAAGUAGAAGAUGCAGACGAAGAAGUAAACUUGGAAAGACAGUGAGAUUCGAGAGAUUUUGGUGAUAAGGGCAGACGCCAAUGUUGAUGUGCUGUAAACAAAAACAGCGGAAUCUACAUCAACAAUCUUUGUUCUGCCUCCUGCGUGCUCUACCCAGAGGUCACGCCUCACCUCAAUGUCCCAGACAUUCUUGUGAACAUGAAGAAAGGGGUCAAACAAAUCCUGGAUCUGCACCUUUAGUGGAAUCUGCUCCAGACGUUUUUAGGGCCAUCCUUAGCCUAUACCCCGCCCUUCCACCAAGUUUGAAUAAUAUCAGCUCAGCAGGUUUUAAUCCUUGCAAAAAACGCAAACUUCCAAAAUCCAAAAUCCUCACCAGUUCUUUAUCAGAGGCACAGUGUCUCAUGGUCGGCCAAAUCUUAUUUCUAAUCAUGGUACUGUACUGCUGCUGGUGGGUCAACUUGAAUAGGUUUACUUUACUUGAUCUCUGGUGUUGUUCCAAAGACCCUUUUCCCCUUCUGAUGUAUAAAAAUAAAGAUCACACCAUACUUUUAAACCUUUUCAUACGAUGCACCUGACCGCUCAGUUUGACCUCACUGUCAAAAUCUGUCCAUCUUAUGCUUUACGCAUAAAUGCAUAAACGCUCUAAUUUCUCAUUUCCAUGCGCAUCAGAUUCAUUGGAGGUCAGUUUUUCUGUGCAACUGUUCACCCCAAGUUCUACAUCCAUCGACCUCAUAAAGAGUCAAAGACAAAGGUAACAGCAGUUGUGGUGUCCAUAAUAAGUCAGUCUAAAUAAAGGCUUCAGUGUAGUUUAACUAGUCACAAUAUAUCAUUCAUUAUAUUCAACAAGAGGCAAAGCUUAGAUCAUUUAGAGCAUUUAUUCAAUUUAAUUACUUCUAGUGAUUGGAUCAAUAAAGUUUAAUACCAACACCUAUCAUCAUCAAAUAUGGUGUCACUUGUAUAACAUCCUCAACAAAGCUGUCACUGCAAGUAAAAAAACCGCUAGCUGGCUAGCACUAAUAUAUAUUUCUCUCUUUAUGUGUAUUUUUCCUACAAGCCGAGCACAUGUGUUUCUUGUGGUGUUAAUUUUUUACUAAAUGAAAUCACCAAAAUAAGCAGAGCGCCAUCAUUCUCAUUUAAUGCAUUGUUAUUUUAACAAUUAAUUUAUAUCUCAGUAUAAAAUAUAUUUCUUACUGUUUGCUUACUAACAUGCUUAUAAUCCCACAAUUUAUUUUGCUUCUAGUUACUGUUCUUUAUUAGAAUAAAUGGUAAACUACACGUGUUAACUCUUGGACUCUUUCUAUAAACAGAUACAAACGUAUUAAAGCCACUAUGUAGGAUUUUAACGUUUUAGACUUUUUCCUAUUUACACUGUUGUUAAAAUGCUUCUUUUUCACCCUGCUUCCUGGAAAGUGAAUCUCUGUAUUGUUUGACAUGAUGUCAAAAUAUGGCGUGACAAAUAAAAACGCAUUCCUGUUUAAAA